AUGUGCUCUCCUGAGAGCCCCAAAAUCCUCUACAGGAAUCCCAGGCUCCUCCGCUUGGCUUUUCUGCAGCUCCAUCACCAGCAGCAGAGCGGCGUGUUCUGUGAUGUUCUCUUGCAGGCAGAAGGUGAGGCAGUCCCAGCUCACUGCUGCAUCCUCUCAGCCUGCAGCCCCUUCUUCACGGAGCGCCUGGAGCGAGAGCGGCCAGCCCAGGGCCGGAAGGUGGUGCUGGAGCUGGGGGGCCUGAAGAUCGGGACCCUGCGCAAGCUGGUGGACUUCCUGUACACGUCCGAGAUGGAGGUCUCCCGGGAGGAAGCCCAGGAUGUGCUUUUGGCCGCCCGGCAGCUUCGUGUGUCGGAGCUUGAGUCGCUGCAGCUGGAAGGGGGGAAGCUGGUGCGGGUGGCCCAGGGCAGGCGCCUGAAUCGCAAGUGCCUGCAGCCCCCACCCACUGCCCCCAUCUCAGCCCGAGUGGUGGGGCCCGGCCGGCGGCCCCGGACUCCCCUGCCUCCUCCCCAGGCAGCCUGCGCCCCCGGGGCCGUGAAGCUGAAGCUCCUGGGAAAGGAGGACGACACCCCGAAAGAGAGUGGGGGGCAGAGUGCCGAGAGCCUGCCCGAGGCCAAGGGCAAAGCCCGCGUGUGCCCACCUGCCCAGGCAGAGAGCUCCUCCGCCAAGAACCAGGCGCCGGGGCCCAAGGAGAACAGACGCGUACCAGGCCCGGCCGCCACUGAGCUCUUCCCUCCCAGCCCCACGGUGGACGAGCCCCUGUUGCCCAGGAAGAUCCGGCUGAGUCGCUCCAAGCUGUCCCCCGAUGUGUGCCCGGCCAAGUCCUUGGGCGCCGUGGCAGGGGCCACUCCAGGGCUCACACCGCCCGGCCGCCGCCUGUGGCGCCAAAAGACUCUGAGCAAGGAGGUCCCAGAAGAGGAGCCGGGGCCAGGGAAGGUGGGCCCUCCGGAGGGCACUGCCAGCCCUUCUCUGCCCGCCAAGCUGGGCACCAACAAGAAGCGGAGCCCCGAGGCCAGGGCGCCCAGCUCGGACUCAGCCGAGGAGGGACAGGUGGGGCGGGUGAAGCUGCGCAAGAUCGUCAACGGGAGUUGCUGGGAAGUAGUCCAGGAGUCACCCUCCCGAGACCCCCAGGAGAGCCAGCAGCCCCUGGGGCUCGGUGGGGAGGCCGCCGAGGAGGCAGGGGGGCUGGAGGAAGAGGACAAGCCCGGGGCUGAGGUAGCCCAGUGCCCACUAGAUGCGCCAGCCUGCACCAGGCUGCAGGAGGCGCUCACACCCACCGGUCAGUUCCCAGAGCAGGCGGAGGUCAAGGCGGAGUGCCCUGACGUGCCAGACAUGGUGGAGAAGGCCGCCAUGCUGAGUGGGGACUGCAGGGAGCCCUACGAGUUUGUCCCAGCCCUGCUGGGCCAGCCGUGCGAGGCCGAGGAGUACCGCAUCACCAGCGCCGCCGCCACCAGUGAGCUUGAGGAGAUCCUGGACUUCAUGCUCUGCGACUCGGACAUCGGCCCCUCCGUGGACUCCCUGGAGAGCCCCCGGGCCGGGAACUCCAAGACCCCCCCCUUCGCCCUGACCGAGCCGGAGAAGACCUGGGCCGAGGGGGAAGAGUGGUGUCUGCCCGAGGUGGAGCUCUGGCCCAGGGACUUCCCCGGCCUGGAGAAGGACUCCGACAAGGGCAGGGACGACAAGGGGCCGGGGGAGCCCCUCAGCUCCCUCGUGGCCUCCCAGGGGAGCGAAGGGGAAGAGCUGGCUGUGCCCCCCGCCUGGACUUCAGAGGCUGCCCCUGGCGACCCCCGCGCCGAGGGCCAGGGGGACAAGCUGCUCUGCUCGGGGUCCCCCAUCCACUUCCACGCACCUUACGGAGACCUGUCGCCUCCCUGUGCCAGCUGGGUGGACACAGGCUACGGGAAGGCGUCCGUGGUGGACGACACGCUGUACCCUGAGGGAGAGCCAGGGGUAACGUGCCCCGAGAUCAAGGAGGUGCUCGACGGCUCCAGCAAGCUGAGCCUUUCCCCGGGCAGCCUGGAGGAGGAAGGGGAGAUCGAUGUGGUGGACUGGACGGCGCAGGUCGGGCAGGUCCCUUUCCACGGCCUGUCUGUGUGGCCCGACCCCUCGUCAGAGUCCGAGACUGAGGUGGACGUGCUGACGUAG